AUGAUCAAGUCUGCUGUUAUCCUCGGUGCCUUUGUUGCCGCUACCAAGGCUGCCACUUGCGACUCGCCCGUGCAGCGUCAGAACUUUCUUUCGCUCUCAGAUGACGACAAGACGGCUUAUCUCGAUGCUGUUUCCUGCCUCACAACCCACGAAGCGGUCUUUGGCCUCUACGAUGGAGCCACGACCCUGUGGGAUGAACAGCAAUACCUGCACUUGACCAUGUCAAACUAUAUCCAUGGCGUGGGACAAUUUCUCCCAUGGCAUAGAUAUUAUAUGACAUUGCAUGAGAAAUUACUGCAAACCUACUGUGGCUACACCGGCGGUAUCCCAUACUGGGACGAGCAAGCUGACGCCGCCAACAUCACCGAAUCCGAGAUCUGGAACUGGUUAGGCGGAGACGGAAACUCGUCCGACAGUCAGAUUGUGACCGAUGGGCCAUUUGCCAACUUGGAACUCCAUUUGGGAGGAUGGUCUUUCAAUACAGUCAUUCCAAAGAUUGCAACGUAUCACCUCAACCGCACCAUUAGUGAAAGCAUCUUUCAGGGCGCAAAUCAGACAAAUGUAGACGCCUGCUUUGCACUGGACAACUACGACGAGGCAUGGUAUUGCUACGCCAAGAAGCCUCAUUCAUCAGCUCAUGCGGGCACCGGAGGCACGAUGCAGAAUCCAGUACUCUCUCCAGGCGACCCAAUCUUCUUCCUCCACCACACCAAUCUUGAUCGACUCUGGUGGUUGUGGCAGUCGGCCAACUUGACUGCCCGUCUCACGGAUAUGGGCGGCUCAAACGUGCCUUCGGACGAGUUCAAUGCCCAGAACAGCUGGGACGCCCCUGGUGCGAAUUUCACCGAUUACAGCGGCGACCCGGCCAAUGUCACCACUCUUGCACACGUCCUGUCAAUGUACGACAUGAUUCCCAACGUGACGAUUGCGGACAUUAUGGACAUUGGCGGCGAGGUUGUCUGUGCGGAAUACGUCUAA